AUGAUCCUCACCAAGCACCUCACAUCUUUCAUUGUGCUUCCUCUUUUCAUCCUUAGCGCAUCUACUGCUCCAAGCCAUGACCCUCCGAUUCUCAACCCCAUCAUUCCCCCAGAGGUUGACCCGAAAGACUGCUCAGUCUUCACCCUCGACAAACAGGUCACUCUGGCCUGGACUGGUACACCAGACUUGGAGCCUGGGUCGAAAGGAAUGCGAAAGCCUGGUAAGAUCAUAUUCAUCACUUCCGUGGAUAGUUGUGGAGAAGAUUACGCAAACGACUUGGUCCUUGCUCAAUCCAUCGCAUUCAACCAUGGCACGAAGACAUCCACUGCCAAGGGUUCCACGACCGACUAUGACGAUGUAUAUAAGCGUUUCAAGCUCGACUUUGGCAAAAUCGGAACACUGAAUGUCAGGCGGGCCAUUAAUAAAAGAGCUACCUACGAAUGGCAUCAAUAUCUCAAUGAUGAAGGCAUUCUCGGUACUGAUGAAGACGCGCCGUGGGAAAAUGCUGCCAAGCUCAUCGAAUGGGUCCCAGAAGGCGGAGAAGAGGAUGAUUCGUAUGCCAAGGGCGAAGUUGCUGAUCCAAACGGCCAUCACAAGCGUUGGGAUAACGCCACGCUUGCAGAGCGUGACUUGUCCUAUGGUCUGAUCCUUUAUUGCGUGGAAUGUGGAUUUGGCGGCAAGGCUUCUCUCACUGGUACCAUUGAAGCCAGCAUCUUCAGCGGUAUCGAGGUAGCCCAGAUCCAGUUCAACGCCCGGUUCAAAGCUGGGCUCAACCUUGGCUUGAAAGCAUUCGUCAAGUACGAGAAGGAAUGGACAUACCCUGUCGCAGAAUUCUCUCCGUGGAGCUUCGGCAUUCCACUCCUUUGCACUGUUGGACCUUAUAUCGGUCUCGAUGUCCAAGUUGAAAUGGCUAUUGAAGCAACCGGAACCUUGCUCAUUGGAGCUUCGGUAGAGUGGCAGAACAUUGAUAUCUUGGUUGAUCUUCUGGACUCUGAUAAUAGUCACUCCAAUGGUCUCACCCCGAUGGAGGCGUCUCUGGGUAUACCUGCUAGUGUCGGUGUCAAGCUCAAUGUUUUGGGGGGAUUAUGGUCAGCCAAGGGAGGAGUAGUCGACACACCCUCGGUUGUCUUGGAAGGGAGCUUCGAGGUUAGUGCGACAGUCCCUGAGGAUGGUGAGAUUGUGACAGAUGUUGAUGGCGAUUGCUACGGCAUCGCUUGGAACAUCCAUUUCGAGAACUCCGCUGAUGCAUUUGUCACAAUUGGUGGCGAUACAACGAAGUUUCCUCUCAUUGAUCCCAUGGAGAGUGAUCCCAUUGCUGAAGGAUGCAUUCGCUAUGUCAAUGACGGGACUGGCGAUGAUGGGUCUGACGAUGAGGGUGGUAUGUCAGGAACCGGGAUGGACUGCGGUGGUAGUGGUCUAUUCGCCUAUUGUGUCGGGCCACAACCAGCGCCUGUCUUCGAUCCGACAUCCAAGAAGAAGUCUGGUACCAAGUCCACCAGCAAUGGUAAGAAGGCUGGUUCGAACAAGAAGCCGAAGACAUCAACUACCAGCAAGAAACCAACUAGUAUCAAGACAAAUAAGCCAACCAGGACCUCUGUUGUUACAACAGCCACUACCAAGAACACCAAGGCUACCCAGGCUGUGAACAAGAAAGCCAGCCUGGCCAAAACAUCCACAACGUCCAAGAAGGCUUCUCUAGCAUGUACUCCCUCAGCUAUCGCCAAUACCAAGGCCCCUCCACGUUCGGUUUGUAAGAGGAAUGUGACAAAAGCCCGCGUUCCAUCCAGAUCUAUUAUUGGUACAGCCUCUUUUGUUAAGAGCGACAAGGUCAUGGACUAG